CAUUUCCAACAUAGGAACACAACAAUAACAAUAAUAAGAUCAAAACAAACAAGAAUUACUAGUCAAAAAAAUAAAAAAGCAAGGAUGUUUUCUUCAAAAAUGUUUGUUCUAAUUUCGAUGGCAUUGACGACGGCGAUAAUUGAAGCAGAUGCCCAAACGCCGCCGUCAUGUGCCUCGAAAUUAGUGCCAUGUGCGCCUUACCUUAGCAAUCCGCGACCCCCCGCGGACUGCUGCGAUCCAUUGAGAGAAGCAAUAACAAAUGAUUUAGAUUGUUUGUGUAAAUUAUAUGAAAAUCCAACGUUGUUGCCUUCACUUGGUAUUAAUAUUACUCAAGCACUUGCACUUCCAAAGGCUUGUAAUAUUCCUGGUGAUACUAGUGCUUGUAAUAAAGGUGCACCAGGUCCAAGUUCUCAAACCUUGCCGCCCCCAGCCACAGGAAAUGACAACAAUGGAGUAAACAAAUUUACAUGGAGUGGAAUGUCAAUUUUACUUGUAGUUUGUGUUUCUUUGAUGGUUGCUUAAAAUCACUUAUUUGUGUUCAAAAGUUGUAGUUUACAUGUGUUGUUGUUUGUUUCACUCAUCAUUUUAUUAUUUUGUCUAGUGUUACAUUCUUGAUGUAUGGAUUUUUUCAGACCAUUUAAUAUACUUAAUUAUUAUUUAUGUACUAAAUAUUAGUCUUUUUGACGAACUAAACUUGUUUCAAGAUUGAAUUCAUUUCCAGAUUUCCCUUUUA